AUGUAUUGUGGUGACAAAUCUCAACGUCCUAAAUAUGAACCAGUUCUUUUCGAGAUUAAAAUUGAUACAAACAUUCAAAAUACAGUUCGAUUUGCUAAUAUUAAAGAUGAAAGUUAUAUAUCUGCUGAAGAAGAAAUACUAUUCUCAGCCGGAGCUGUAUUUCGUAUAAUUGAUAUAAUCCUGAUAAAUGACAAAGAUCAAAGAUACUAUGUUAAACUCGAACUCUCGAAAGAAGAAGAUCUUCGAGAUUUAUAUGAAUACUAUUCCAAAUUGAUAAAUGCAGAAGAUAACAAAAGUCCACUCAUGUUCGGUCUUAUUUUGAAUUCUUCAGGUGACCAUAAUCGCGCCGAACACUUUUAUCGAAAUAUGCAAGAUUCGUUAAAGUCUGGCACACAUGAAGAUCAAUCUAACUUACACCACAACAUGAGUGUCGUCUUUACGAGAAAAGGUCAAUAUAAGGAAGCUCUUGAGCAUGCACAAUGCGGAUUAGCCGAAUCUCAAUACGUUCCGGAUGAUAUAGCUCCAAUGGCGAACAAUUUAUGUCAAAUAGCAAAUUCUUUUAUGUUUUUGGGAGAUAAUUCUACGGCCGAAAUAUAUUUCAAGCGUUCAUUAUUAUUAUAUCUCAAUGCUAUACAUAAUCAGAACAAACUCUAUUCUAUCAAUAUUGCACAUGUGUGUUGUUCCUUAUCUCUGUUGUACAAGAAUACAAAUCGACUUGCAGAUGCAUGGAAAACAAUUCGAAAAGCAAUUGAAAUGUAUUCUUUUCAAGUGCCCUAUCAACAUCCUUUUACAGCCACUGCAUUAAACAAUUUGGCGGGCGUAUUUAAAGAUGCUAGAAACUUUGAACAAGCUUUACUUUACUAUCAGCAAGCUUAUGAAAUUCAAUCCAAAUGUUUACCUGACAGUCCUGAUUGUGCAACAUUUCUUAACAACAUAGGUCUUACAUAUUUGUAUGCUAAUCAACUUGACAAUGUUCUCGAAUAUCUGAUGAAAGGCUAUGAGCUACGUCGGCGUAUUCUAUCAGAAGAUCAUCCAGAUAUUUUUUCGUCGUAUCAUAAUAUUGCAAUUAUCUGUGCAAAACAAGGACGUUAUGAUGAUGCUCUUGAAUGGAGACGAAAAUUUGCCAAGAUGUCCGAACAUCGUCUACCAUUUUCGCAUAUAAAUCGUUUCAACAAUCAUGUACACAUGGUACAAUUGGAAUUUCAACUUAAUCAAUAUUCUCAGUGUAUCAAAACAGCAAUGACAGCUAUUGCAAUGACUCAAAACUCAGCCGUCUUGCAACAGGAUGUUAACACUAUCAAUUACUUGUAUUUUCCUUUAGUUCAAUCUUAUUUAUUUUUAACAGGAGUAGCACAUCAAACUUGA